AUGCUCUGUGCUUUUCACUUCAGCAGGCGACGUCAGGGCUGGGGGCACGGGAAGCGGCUGAAGGGACGGCAGCGCUCAGGGGCCGUCGGGACCGGCGACCGCCCCGACCUCCUCGUCCACCUGAAGCGCCUGACGAGAGCCAAAGAGAAGCUGGCGGCCGGCCUGCAGGUGCCCAGCCGCCCGCACCAGCCCUCUCAGCGCCUGCUCGGCACGGCGCUGCACGGGGACCCGCUGCUGCCGCCCCCGAGGCUCGGCGAGGCUCCCAGGCCCGGACUGGUGACUGGAGGACAGGUUCCUCAACCUGGUGGUCCAGAGAGCUUCUUUGGUUACUCGGACAAAGCGGCCUUGUGCCAGAACCCCGGUGCUUUCGUGCCAGAGCCUUUCCAGCAGACUCCGAUCCCUUCCAGAACAUGGCAGGGCUCUUUUGGGCUGCUGCCAGGGCACUGGGCUUCCCCAGCUAUUCCAGGCCCAGGGGCUCCCUUUCCGGUCCUGCACAAGUGUUCCACAGAGGUCACGUACACUCUGCAGACUGUGUUCUGGCUUCUGCCGCUUCAGCAAGGGGCUCCAGCUGGGGCCGCUUCCCUCCCGCAAGACAGCAGCUGCGCGUCUCCAGGGCAGUGCUCGCAAGCCCCCGAUCCAACGGCAGCGCUGCAGUGUCCUUCACCCCCUGCCCAGGGAGAGCCUCUCGCUGUCAGCGCCAGCGCUGCAGCUGCGGCGUGCACCCACUGCGGCUUUGUGCAGAGUCCACCAGCGCAGCCACCUUGUGCAGCUGAAUGCCUGCCCUGUGGCGGGGCUUCUGGUGAAGAGAAGAUGAUGGAGGAAUUAAGUUUUGAAGCCAUACUUGAGGUUCUGGAUAAGAUGCUUUCACCACCCAACGCUGAAAUAGUGCCAGUGGAACCUGUGGAGAGCGAGAUGUCAACCCCUCAGUCUCUCAGAAGUCAGCCGCUCCUGGUUAGUAGUGGGAAGAGCGACACCCCUUCUGCCGCUGAGGAAAGUGAACUGGCACCUCUGACUCCUGCGGCAGCAGACACCUCAUUUCUGAUGGAAGCAGCUCAAGCAUUAACUGCUGCAGAAGGCUGUGAUGGAGAACUUCUUGCUCCCUAUGACACUGCAUGCGUAGAACGUACCGCUGCUGCUGAAAUGGCACUGGAAGCUGUGGCCACACAGGAAGCCCCCAAAGAAGGGAGAGAACCACUGGAUCAGUGCCCAGCUCCCCCCUGAAAUGUUUGUUCUGGAAGGACUGUUCAGAGGAGAGCAGGUAAGGGCUAAAGGGAGGUAAACGUGCCCAGGAAUGGAGAGGUUUAGCUCAUCGCCC